AUGCGCACAGGUGUCCUGGCUGCCUUUCUCUUCGUGAGCUGGACACUCUGUCGGUCCCUGCCGCUGCCUGGUGGUGAUGACGAUGACGCCGAUUUGUCCGAGGAAGAUUUCCAGUUUGUAGAGCGCUACCUGAAAUCCUACUACCAUCCUCUGAACCCUGCUGGGAUGCUAAGGAAGACAGCAGUGAGAUCCCUGAGUGACAGGCUCCGAGAAAUGCAGACUUUUUUCGGCCUGGAGGUGACAGGCAAGCUUGAUGACAACACCCUAGAUGUCAUGAAGAAACCAAGAUGCGGGGUCCCUGAUGUGGGUGAAUACAAUGUUUUCCCUCGAACACUCAAAUGGUCCAAAACGAACCUAACUUACAGAAUUGUGAAUUAUACCCCUGACCUGACUCAUUCGGAGGUGGAAAAGGCCUUCAGGAAAGCCUUCAAAGUUUGGUCUGAUGUGACCCCUUUGAACUUCACCAGACUUCACAAUGGCACUGCUGACAUCAUGAUCUCUUUUGGAACUAAAGAACAUGGUGACUUCUACCCAUUUGAUGGACCUUCUGGCCUGCUGGCUCAUGCUUUUCCUCCGGGGCCAAAUUAUGGAGGAGAUGCCCAUUUUGAUGAUGAUGAAACCUGGACAAGUAGUUCCAAAGGUUACAAUUUGUUUCUUGUGGCGGCCCAUGAGUUUGGACAUUCCUUAGGUCUCGACCAUUCCAAAGAUCCAGGAGCCCUCAUGUUUCCUGUCUACACCUACACUGGGAAAAGCCACUUCAUGCUUCCUGAGGAUGAUGUACAAGGGAUCCAGUCUCUCUAUGGCCCAGGAGAUGAAGAUCCCAACCCUAAACACCCGAAAACGCCUGAUAAAUGUGAUCCUUCCUUAUCCCUUGAUGCCAUUACCACCCUCCGGGGAGAAACGAUGAUUUUUAAAGACAGAUUCUUCUGGCGCCUGCAUCCUCAGCAGAUUGAUGUGGAGCUGUUUUUAAUAAAAUCAUUUUGGCCAGAACUGCCCAACCGUAUUGAUGCUGCCUACGAGCUGCCUUCUCGAGACCUGAUCUUCAUCUUCCGAGGUAGAAAAUUUUGGGCUCUGAAUGGCUAUGACAUAAUGGAAGGCUAUCCCAAAAAAAUAUCUGAGCUGGGAUUUCCAAAAGAGGUGAAAAAGAUCAACGCAGCUGUUCACUUUGAGAGAACAGGGAAGACCCUCUUCUUCUCCGGAAGCCAGGUCUGGAGUUAUGAUGAGACCAAUCAUAGGAUGGAGUACCCCAAACUAAUAGAAGAGGAGUUUCCAGGCAUCGGUGACAAUGUAGAUGCUGCCUACGAGAAAAACGAUUACAUUUAUUUUUUCAAUGGGCCCAUCCAGUUUGAAUAUAGCAUCUGGAGUAACCGUAUUGUUCGUGUGAUGACAGCAAAUUCCUUAUUGUGGUGUUAA